ACAAAAUGAUUUGAAAUGUGGCUCAGUGCAGCAGCUUCCAUCAACGAAGUUAUAGAAACAGUCACAAUAUGAAUGAGACUGACUAUGUUUGGUUUCACGAAACACGGGUGAACAGAUAAACUAAACAUAAAUUCCAAAAUAGGAGGGUUACAACAAUGAAAUUAAUUAAAAAAACAACCCAGAAUAUUCUAGUGUAAAGAGAGUUUACAGGGACAGCCUUUAACACCAGCCGUUAACAAAGAGCUUUGGAUCCCAUACUCCUGGAGCUCAAAUACCCUCUCCUGUCCCUCUUUUUUUGCAGAGAAACAACUACCAAGGUUGGUUCCACGGCUCCAAAUGGCCGUGUUGACAAUCAAGUUGGAGAACAUGGUCCACUCAGACUCAUGUCUCCAACAUCUCUCUAGAUUUGGUCAAACCUCUACUGGAAGUGUUAGUUCCCUCUGACAGAGGGUUCGAAGAGACAUUUUCAACAGACCCUCGCAGUAUGUGUGGGCCUGCCAACUCUUUCCAGCCUCCAGGUGGUGAUCAGUUGACAGCUUAGCCCCUCUCUUCAUCCGAGUGUCUAAAACAUAUACAGUAGCCAUAGGUCAGAUGACAUGACCACAACAUCUUGACCUCAGGUAUAGAAUGUCCUGGUGCCAUGUGCACUGAUGCACACCCUUAUGUUUGAACAUGGUGUUUGUUAUGGCCAAACUGUGCUUAGCACAGAAGUCCAAUGUCACAACACCACUCGGGUUCAGAUCAAGUUGGCCGUUCCUCCCAAUCCCGCCUUAGGAGGUGUCACUGUCAAUGCCCACAUGGGCAGUGAAAACCUCCAACGAAACGAUGCAGACCUGACUUACAGCGCUUUUCAACACAUCCCCUUGAGACGUGGGUAGAAGGCUGUGUACUCCACACUGCCAUUCUUCCCAUAGGCACAAACAAGAGCGAGUGACCUAUCCACGACCCAGAGGCGCAGGGAAACAAUGUUCUUGUUUACCAGGAAAAAUGCAUGGCAGCUAAGCUGGGGAGCUAUUAGCAAGUCGACACCAGCCCGCCGCUUCCCACUGCAGGCAACUCCAGAGUGGAAGUGAGUCUGGCCCCUCUUAAGGAAUUGGGUUCCAGAGCUCAGGCUGUGCGUGGAGGUGACCCUAAAUAUUUCUCGCCGAUACUGCUCAACCUCCCGCACAAGGUCAGGCUCCACCCCUUCAGUGACAGGACAUUCCAUAUUCCAAUGUCCAGAUUUGUUGUCCAAAGAUUGGGUCCCUGAGCUCCUGCUUCUGACUGCUGCCCAAUCUUCCAUGCACUGGCCCCCUACGGCUCCUCCUGCGAUUGGUGGGUCACAUGAGGAUGGUCCCAUGUUGUUCCUUCUGGCCCGGUCCCAUGGGAACGUGCCCACAUGCAAGCCUCAACCCCCGGCCCAGCUCCAGGUUGGGGCCCUGGCUGCACCAUACCUGGCGAUGUCUCAGUCUGUAAUAUUUCAUCAAUCGUAGGUGGGUUUGUGAACAACAUCAUCAACAGCAGGAAAACAUUACUUUUAAAAAAUACUCUCAAACAAUCAAAGGCUUGGCUUACAAAAAAGAUUAAAUAGAAAUAGAUUAGAAUAGAUUAAAUAAAUUAGAAUAAUUGAAAAAACAUUUUUUUCAAAAUAAGAGUUUUACAAUGUGAUCAAAUUAGAAAAAAACAAGUAGGAUAUUGUAGAGUAAGGAGAGUUUUAUUGUUGUCUCCACGGAGUUCAGGCUUGAUGAAUAGAAACCUCAAGAGACGCACAGACAUGCAGCUACCUGCUCUUCUGCUGCUCCACAUUGAAAGACCUACACAAUAAAAGCAUUUGUCCCACGGCACAACAAGAGACGCCAGUAGUUCAUGUUACUGAGCCACGUUUGGUAACGUCUGUUUUUAUUAAACAACCAUUUAUUGCUCUGUAGAGCUACUGUGCUCUGCUAAUAUCCAGGUAUUUGUAAUUGGUCUAGAGUAGAAAGCUGCUACUAUGUUAAAUGACACAUUUGUUCGUCCUGCAAUGUUUUAUCUUUACGGGUUUUCUGACCUGCCUCAUGCUACAUAUUUCUAUGUGUUCCUGUGCUUUGUCUACAUCAUGACUGUUGUUGGGAACGGUUUUCUGAUGUCUGUGAUUUACCUGGUGAAGACUCUUCAUUCUGCUAAAUACAUGAUUGUGUUCAGCCUGGCUUUAACAGAUCUGUGUGGCAGCACUGCUCUCAUCCCUAAAGUCCUGGACACGUUCUUGUUUGACAGGAGGUACAUUGUCUAUGAGGCGUGUUUGAGUUACAUGUUCUUUGUUUGGAUAUUUGCCUUCGUACAGUCGUGGACACUUGUCACUAUGUCUUUUGACAGGUUCGUAGCCAUUUGCUUUCCUCUGAGGUACCACAGUAUUGUGACUAAAUCAGUUGUGGCUGUAAUUCUUUUCUUUGUGUGGUUUUGUUCAUCGGCUCUCUUAAUGAUUGCUGUUGGGCUCAUCAAUCGUCUCUCUUUCUGUAGGUCUUUAGUGGUACAAAGCUUUUUCUGUGACCACGGACCAGUGUAUAGGUUGGCCUGUAAUGACACAUCUGUAAAUUACAUAAUUGCAAUUUUUGUUUUAGUUGUAAUCAUGUGUAUUCCUGUAGUACUGAUUGCUUUAACAUACAUCUGUGUUGCUGUCGCUCUGAGCAGGAUUACAUCAGGAGCAGAACGGGUCAAAGCUCUGAAAACUUGUACAUCUCAUAUUAUUCUUGUUACUAUAUUUUUCCUACCUCUCCUGGUCACUAACAUAGCAGCACUGGCCACCUACAUCCACCCUAACAUCAGGAUAAUCAACUCCACAUUUACACACACUGUACCAGCUCUGCUGAAUCCCAUCAUCUACUCUUUAAAGACUGAAGAAGUGAUGACAUCUGUCAGGAGGCUCUUUAAAAACAAAAGGCUUACAAUUAAGAGGUUAUCGAGAAGAUGAGCUCAUGAUAAAAAUUUUAAAACUAUCUGUUAGUUAACAUAGUAUUUUGUCAGGACGUCAGUGGUUGUUAUGUGUUGUCUUAAUAUUGUGUGUUAUACUGAUAGUCUAGCAUAUACUUUGCAUAAAUGUUCACAUUAUUUUAGAAAUGUUGAACUCUAUCAGGAAGGUUUGUAAGCAUACUGUAAGGUGACUUUAACCAUAACCAUGUGUAAUGAUCUGAAUGUACAGUAACUGUUGUGUUGAUAAAUUAAAGUGUUAAAAUUACAUUAUGUGCAAAUCUUUAAUAUAAAACCUCUAGAAUUACAGUAUUACUUUUAAAUUCUAAGGGUUUGUCACUGACUGUGUGAAAUAGAUUGACCUGAAAUUUGGCUCAGUGCAGCAGCUGUCAUCAAGGAAGUUAUUGUAAUGGUCACAUUAUGAAUGUGACUGAAUAUGUUCGGUUUUAUUUGAGUGUCUUGACAGUCAAGGAGUAGGAACUAAAAGCACAGAGGCAGAUCACACUUAAUGUAGAGCUAAUAUUAGUGUUAAUGUUGUUAGUAUUAGUGUUGUUAAUGUUAGUGUUAGUGUUAAUGCUCACUGGGUUGUCAGACAUUUGGAGGUUGGGAAACAAGUAGCCAGUGCAA